CCCGGCGCGCCGGAAGUGACGUUCCACCUGCGACAGUAACCAAGGAAACGCACAAACGGGGUAGCAGGGGCUGAGGGGCCCGGGCCGGGCGGUGGGUUUCGGUGACCUGGCCUGGCCUCCUUUUCCUCCUCUCGGCGUGGUCCCCUGCCGAGUCGCUGUGGGGGCCGCCGCCUGGGGCGGGCCGCGGAGAGGCCUCCUGCGGGAGUUCCUCCAGAGCCCGGUAUCUGCAGAGGGAGCGGUGGCAGUGUGUGGCCGGACUCCCGGGGCCGUGUGGGGAGACCUGCGCGUUCAGCCCCGCCACUGCGCUGUCUCGAACUACUUAAAAUAUUUUGGGACAAGUUCAAACUCCUCAGUGUAUAAGAUGGGACCUAGUUAACCAGAACUUUCAGCAACAACCCGAGAAUACUCAGUGGGAAUUCCAGGGAAGAACACAUAUUUCCUGAAAGGCAAGCAAGCUUUAUAUUAAGGACAUGGUGACUUAUUUUGAUGAAAAACAUGAUGAGUAUUUAAUAUCCCUUCAGCAAAGAAACCGGAUACUGAGACAAUUAAAAAGAAAAGACCCUAUACAAAUCAGACUGGAGCAGUUAGAACAAGGAUUUUGUCUGUAUUUGAAUGGAGCUAAUUCAGAGCUGAGAAGUUAUCCCAAAAAAUUCAACUCACAAGGCUACCUUAAAACUGAAGCAAGGACUGCCAGGACAAGUGCAGCCCACCUAGAAGAGAGGGAGUUGCGGGAAUGGAGCAUACAGACUGCACCAAGCAAAACAAAGCGCAAAGGAUGGCUUCAGAAAGCUGUUGAGAUUAAAACAGAAAGUGGAUCUAAACUCUGCAUUAAACCUCCUUCUGAGUACUCUGAGGAUUUUGAACCUUAUGAAAGCAUGAACAUGGAGACAAAUGAUGAUGAUCCUCUCUGUUACUCCCAGAAUUUCGUUUCUUCCAGUAUCAGUCCAUCCAGUAACUUUAAAGACUCAACCCUGAACUCCGUUACACAACUUUGCAGUGAUGGUAAAAAGGAAAAAAUAUUACUAACUAUUGAAGACAUAAAGGAUCUGAGAAGAAGCUUGCAACUCAGUAUAGAAGAGAAAAGGGUGAAUGAGAACUCUUUCAGUGAUGAUUAUGACUCUGUUGAAGAGGAUGUGUUUCCAGAGUCGUCUCCUACGGAGGAAACAGUUGCAAGCUUUGGAGGCCUUCAAUUGCAUAGCGGUAAAUCGUUGCAGAAGGGAGCUCCUGAACGUCAGGAGGCUGGGAGAUGCUCUGGCCUUGGUUCUGGUCCACUUAUUGUGUUGGAGUUCAAGCAGGACCAAAGUAAUGUGAAGCCAGUACGAGCUUUCUCUGCAAAAAGGAAAGAUAAUGCUGAAAUGUACAUUCCCGUCAGACCAAUCGUGGUAAAAAAUGAAAUAACUCGACCACUCUCUGCUGAGUCCUUGCAGCAGGAAAGACAGGAAAAAACUUGCUUGAGACCAUUAAGUCGGCCGGAAAGACCGCUCUCAGCCACUCGGAAGAAUGAGUGUGAGAAGGAUCCUGAGCCCUCCGUUUCUGCUGUUAUUAAAGCUAUGCAAAUUGAAAAUGAAGUAUUGCAGAAAGAUUUGCAAAGGCAGUCAGUUUCUGCAAGCCAUGAAAAGACACUUCCUGUUUCAUCUGUUUUUGUUUCUGCAAUGGCUGAACCAUCAGAAAAAAGUCAGACAACGACUGCAGUCACAAAAGCUGUUGAAAGGAUAAGUCUUUUUGGAAGCAGGCAACAGAAGAAACUCCUGAAAGUUCUUCAGGAGAUUGAGAGCUGUUCUGCCUGUGACAAGGAUAUAUUUCUACCUGAUGAAAAAUCUGAAGCAGGUUCCACAGCGAGAGAGAGGGUCCAGACAACACCUAGUGUGGAAAUUCCGGAUGCCAUCUAUGUGACUAUGGAACUUCUUUCUAACUGGGGAAAUCCAGUACAUGUGGGCUUGAGAGAGGUGGAGUUCUUCGAUUUAUGUAACGAUAAGAUAUUUGUCUCUCCUCAUGAUGUGGAUAUUCGAAAUACUGACUACCCAGGGGACUUGUGCCACUUGGUCAAUAAGAAAUUAAAUACUGUGAAGGAAAGCUUCCUUUGGAUGUGCCCUUUCUAUCCGCCCAUUCAGCUUUACUUUGUUAUCCGCAAUCCUACCCGGUCACGUGACUUUGGUAUAUCUAAGAUCAAGAUUUGGAAUUACAACACAACAACUUUUAGUGACCUUGAUGUAGGAGCAAAGAAAGUGAAGCUAUAUGUUGAUGAAAGCCUGGUAUUUGAUGGUGAAUUAGAGAGAGGCUCUGGAGAUCUCAUCGCUGAUUGUAGCACUACAAUUGACCUUGCACAUCACAGACAAAGUGUCACUGCACAUUCUUCAAAUGAAAGGAAAGAAGUAAGUACAGCUGCAGUCACAGACAAUAAAGAGGACCUAUAUUUAAAAUACCUACAGCCAAACAAUUCUUUGCUAUACUGGAAGCCUCUGCCAGAGGAAAAUCACCUUGAGGGUAAGAUGAACUCAAUCAGUUUUAUGAAGGAAAACUUGACUGAGUUAGAGGAUGAUCUAAAAGUGUUACCAUCUCAUGUUUGUAUGAAAGAUACUAAAGACGAUGCAACAGUAUCAACAGUUACGGAUCAUAUCCCAUCUGAUGAAGAACUUACUUUGAGUGACGAAAUAGAAAAACUAACGGGAAGAAAAUUAUCUGAAUCUACAGGUGCUCUUCCUUCUUGGUUACAGUCACCGUCCCAAGUAACAGAGACUAAUCAAGGUAUUUCCAGUAAGCAGAAGCCUUCCUGGCUUGCUACAGAACAUUGUUUAGGGUUGAGAUUUCAAACACAGUCAGAUGGAAUCAUGAAAAAUUUCUCAGAUCUGACUAAUGAGGAUGUCAAAGGUCAGAGAAAUGAAUUGGGACGAUCUGGCAGUAAAAACGCGAACAGAGAUGAGAGGUCACCAGUGCUAACCAGAAAAGAUGGCAGUGGUGGCUUGGUCAUUUUGGAGCAGCUUUCUAACAAACAUUGCUGCAACCUAGAGUAUCCUGUGAGUGGAAGGAGAAGUGUCAGAUAUGGAAGAAAGGAGGGGUUAAGCACUGUAAAUGCAGAGUGUGAUUCAGCACUUAAAGAUGAAGACUUCUCUACCAAGGGCGUAGCAACCUCUAGAGCAAGAUGGCACAGUGAACAAGAACAUACUCUUCAGGAGUCCUGGAACUCCUUAGUAAAGUUUAAUUAUUCUCAUCGUGGCCGAAUCUCUAAUAUGGAUUUUCAAGGGGAUAUCUUUGAUGAGUUUCUCCAUCAGCAGAAAAUCAACCAACUUGGAGAAUAUCAGCUAAUGAGAAAAGAUGGACUACAAACACUACCAAGAAGGCAAGAAGAAGAAAAUUCUAUGGAGGCAGAUGAUGGAAGUGAUUUCAAAAUCCCUGUUUUGCCUUACGGGCAGCGCUUAGUGAUAGACAUUCAAACAACAUGGGGAGACAGGCAUUAUGUUGGUCUUAAUGGAAUUGAAGUUUUCAGUUCUAAAGGAGAGCCUGUUCAGAUUUCAAAAAUAACAGCUGAACCACCUGAUAUAAAUAUUUUACCAGCUUAUGGCAAAGAUCCCAGAGUAAUAACCAACCUAAUUGAUGGGGUAAAUCGGACGCAGGAUGAUAUGCAUCUCUGGCUAGCGCCAUUUACCCCUGGAAAACGUCACUUUAUCUUUAUUGACUUUGUGAAUCCCUGUCAAGUAGCUAUGAUUAGGAUUUGGAAUUAUAAUAAAUCUCGCAUACACUCUUUCAGAGGUGUGAAAGACAUUGUAAUGGGGUUAGACGAACAAUGCAUCUUUAAAGGAGAAAUCGCAAAAGCUUCAGGAACCUUGUCUGGAGCUCCAGAGCACUUUGGGGAUACUAUAUUGUUCACUACUGAUGAUGAUAUUCUUGAAGCUAUAUACUGCUAUGAUGAGACAUAUGAUGGAGAGAUUGAAAGUGCCUGUUCUUUGAGAUACGAAGAAGAGCUAAAGAGGCCAACAACUGCUGAUGGGGAGGGAGAUGAAAGGCCUUUUACACAGGCAGGGUUAAGAACAGCGGAUCAAAAGGUUCAAGAGCAGGUAGUUGUGUCAGACCCUUUCUCUGAAUUUACACCCAAGGAACCAGGGAUAUUUACUGGAAAGUGCCUACAGCUGAAUUUUACCAUGACCUGGGGAGACUCUCAUUACCUUGGACUGACUGGACUUGAAGUGAUAGGAAAGAAUGGUCAAGCAUUAAAAAUAACUACAGAACAGAUUUCUGCUUCACCCCAGGACUUAAAUGAUCUUCCAGAGUAUAUGGGAGAUUCCAGAACAUUAGAAAAGUUAAUAGAUGGGACUAAUAUCACAGUUGAGGAUGACCAUAUGUGGCUUAUUCCCUUCUCUUUUGGAGAAGAUCAUCUGUUCACCAUCCAUUUUGAUAAAAUUGAAAGUAUUGCAGGGCUUCGCUUUUGGAACUAUAAUAAAUCUCCAGAGGAUACCUAUAGAGGGGCUAAGGUAGUCCAUGUUUCGCUGGAUGGUCGCAGCAUCUCCCCACUGGAGGGCUUUCUUAUCCGUAAGGGACCGGGCAACUGCCACUUUGAUUUUGCUCAAGAAAUUCUCUUUGUUGACUACCUGCAGCCCCAGCUGAUUGCUAGAGCACAUAGGAGGACUGGUUCAAAGAGAAUGGAACGAGCUAGUAUGGACUAUGAAGCACCGUUAAUGCCAUGUGGUUUUGUUUUCCAGUUUCAGCUUCUGACAAGUUGGGGUGAUCCAUACUACAUUGGUUUGAAUGGACUAGAAUUGUUUAAUGAACAUGGAGACCAAAUCUUGCUAACUGAAAACAAUAUUGCUGCUUUUCCAGAUAGUGUCAACAUUUUAGAGGAUGUGUCUGGAGACAUCCGUACUCCAGACAAACUCAUUGAUGGAGUAAAUGACACAACUGAUGGCAGACAUAUGUGGCUUGCACCAGUUCUUCCUGGUGUGGUGAAUAGGGUGUAUGUUAUUUUUGAUGUGCCUACUACUGUGUCAAUGAUCAAGUUGUGGAAUUAUGCCAAAACACCUCAGAGAGGUGUGAAGGAAUUCGGUCUUCUUGUGGAUGACUUGCUUGUGUACAAUGGAAUCCUGGAGAUGGUGAACCAUGUAGUAUCGGGUAUCCUACCCACCUGUGAUCCGGUGGUCCCGUAUCAUACCAUUCUCUUUACAGAUGAUCAGAAGAUUUGCCAUCAGGAGAAGAGGACUGUUAUUAGCAAUCAUGUGGAGGAUCAGGAUGUACGAAUGAUGAAUGAAAAUCAAAUUGUCACAAACACCAAAAAGAAGCAGGUUACAGCUGAUCCAGCUUUACGUCCAAAAACCUGCAUGUGCGAUAAAGGACUACUGAGGAGGAAAAGAUAACAAGGGCUUGCGAUCGGAUAGUCAUGAAUAUAUCCAGCCCUAGAUACUUGCCAUCUAGUUCUCCAAGAUGUGUAUCAUCUGAAUGGAAGAUAUUUCCUGCUUGCUACUGCUGAGCCUCCUCCUGUCUUAUGAGAGGAAGUUUUAUUCACUACAGGAAAUUUUCUUCAGUAAUGAAUUUUAAAGGAUGAACAUAGUUUUCUGGGUUUGUUGUUUGAUUUUUGUUAUUGUCAUCAUCUCUACUGCCUGAAUUUUUUCCCCUCCCUUAAUUGAAGAUCCAGGGAGAAAGGAAUGCAAAUGAAUACCAACCUUAUUGCUUACUGAUGCCUGUUCCUGCCAAGCACCGAGAAUUUGGAUGAAGCGGGAUGAUCAUAGCAAGAUGUCUUUCAGAGUAUUUCUCAAGCUUUAAUUCCUAAGUGCUAGCUGGUUGAUGACAAAGCUCCCCACUAGAAGGAUAUGUCUGCUGUGUUUCCAUUCAAGUAGCCUGUAAACAGUUAUUUGGAAAAUGUGCUUAUUAGGAGAAAUAUUCUUUAUAUCUCUGUUUGAGCCACCACUCUACCUUUUCAUGCCCUGGCUCUCUCCAGGAACUGACAUUAUUUCUGACAUUUGAAGAGUUUCUGUUGGGCAAGCAGAAGUAUGGUGAUUGCCUUUAGAAAAGGGAGAACAGAAAGUAGGUUUAUCAAGGUUUGAUAAGUAAGUUUCUGUUGUCACUGUUGUUACUUUUUACAGUGAAAUAAUGAUUUCUCUCAUUAUUUCACUAUCCUGAAAAAACAAAAAUGUGCUUUGUCUGAAGCCCUAUCCACUGGCACUCUCUGCAUUCUUCAGAGUCCUCCUGCUAUAGAGCAAUGCUCUCCUUUCCUAUUUUACCUGCACAUGGUUAUGUGAACAAGGAGGACUUACCACUGUGCUGCACCAACAAGAUCUAUUGCCAGCAACAGAUCAUCCUCUUUGAGAAACAUAAAAUGCAUUUUAACUAGUAGGUGGUCAUGGGUUAACUGCAUUUUAAAAACACAAAAUAACCUGAAUGUGUAGUCAGAUAACUGAAAACUUUUACCAAAUAAUCAUGUUGCAGGAUUUGUAGCUAUGCAAGUUUCCUUUUCGCUGAAAACUUGUCAGCAGUAACAACCUAUAAGUCUCUUUCAUAGAAAAGGUUCUUCCUUUCCCAUUUAGAGCUCCCUGUUUUCAGAGAGAAGUGAAAACACUGAAAUCAGUGAAUGCUUUUAGAUGUGAAAGAGAUACACUAUUGCAGCUCCUGACAGAGCAGCCAAAACUACUGCUUGCCUUUCUGUACUACAUCAGGAGUGCAAUAUCUUGUAUAUUUGCUUAUAAAAAAGUGUGCUUUGUAGCUGUUGCCCUUUAAGGUGUAAAGACCCAAAAUAGCAAUGCAUUUCCCAGAUUCCUGUGCACUGAUGAAGCAGCAAAAUUUAUUUUCUACUAAACACAAAACACUUUUUACUUCUAAAGUAAAGUAGAUGUAUAUUUCUUUAUAAUAUCAAUAAAAGUUAUGGAAUUGAA